GCCAAUUGUGGUUAAUUUCAACAUCUUCUGAAGCAUCCAAAAUCUAAAACUAUGCGACACCAUUAGAAAAUUUAUUUUCGCAGAGAGCCGGGAGAGAGAGAGGUUUGAGGGAAGAAACACGAUGCUGGUGCGGGUUUUGGUGGUGAUCACACUGCUUGUCAGUGAUGUGGCAGGGACACACAAGUCCUUGGAACUGGAGAGGACUCAGCGACACCUUGAGAAACGUGAACUAUCCAGAGGACCCUGUGAAGAAAAGUGGUUUUAUUUUCAUCUUUUAAACUCCUGUUACCAGUAUUUCAGUAACAACAUGACAUGGCACAGAGCUCAGGAUUUCUGUAAUCAAGACCAACGUUGUGGACAGCUGGCUUCUGUGAACUCAGAGGAACACAACAUUUUCAUUUCUAAUGUGGUCACUAUCGUGGACAAAGAAAAGCCAGUGGCUUGGAUUGGCCUGAAUGACAUAUGCACGGAAGGGAAUUUCACAUGGAUUGAUGGAUUGCUGUACAGUUACAAAAACUUUGGUCCAGAUGAACCUAAUAAUAAAGAUAACAAAGAACACUGUGUCAACAUUCAUCAUUACCGUAACACGUAUUGGAAUGAUGAAUCCUGUGAAAAGUCUUUUGGGUUUGUUUGUUCUUACAAACUGUGUUGAAUUUAGAAGACUCCAGAACUCCAUUUAUCAUUUUCAGCUCUGGAUUCAGUGCCCUGAUUUCUCUGUAGCCACUCUCAUUGUCUUUGGUGACUGUACUCCAAUAAUAAAGAGAAUUGCAUCCCGA